CACCGCGCUGAGCAGGCUGCGAUCUUCUUCUGUAUAUCUGCAGCCGACGUACAGCUAGUAAACAGCCAAUCAGCAUUCAGUAUGCAAAUGAGCCUGCAAGUAGUAGCCUUGAAACGUAGCGAUGCGCUCCGCAGCUCCCUGCUAGAGAGAGAGAAAAAAAAACUGCUCGAGAACGACGACUACCAUUAGUUUUAUCUGACAGGUUGUCUAACUCUUAAAUGUACGCUUAUAUAUAAAAGAAAAAAGGAACGCAGUGCUUUGAAGUGCUUUGUUAACACUACGACAACUAGAAUACAAGGUCUAAAGGUUAUCACAUUUCACAAGUCAGUAAAAGGUUUUAAUUUUAUAUAUAUAUAUAUAUAUAUAUAGCGAGGGAGAGGCCAGUAAGUCCGUUGUGUUAGCUUGACUUUAACAUCCUUAACAUAUAUAGAUGUUGUGGUGCAGUUGUGUUUGUUUCGGUUCAAAUAAAAUAACUUAUUUUAAAUAAAGCGACUCAUACUAACUCUUCUCUUCUCACAUAAAGAGAUAUUAUAAAUAGAAAAAGUCUGUUGGAGAAACCAGGGAGGCAUCAAGACAGUUGUCACAGAUAUUUAAGAAAUACUCUUAUCAUCUGCUAUCAGGGAUCUGCAAACUGCAGUUCUGGAGCCACAAGAGGCUCUUUGGCUCUGGUCUUCACUAAAUUCGUUAAACAGCGUAUUAAAGUAUUACAGUACAUUGAUACAAUGAAACAAACAAUGUUUUGUUACUAAAAACACUAGCCAGAAAGGAGCCACGUGAUUUCCAGAAUCAUUCUGGAUGAAUUCUGGAAAUCAUCCAGACAGAUCCAACCAUGUAUUUCUAUUUUGUAAAAUAAAUAACUUUUUCCCCCUUCUGGACUCUGGUUAGAAAAUGUAUUAGAAUAUGAAUUACAUUGACUCGUCACAAUACACAGAAUGUACCGAAUAAUAAAAAGACCAGUUUUACUUUUUUUCUUCGCCUGUUAUCUUGUAUUUUAUCACUUCAAACAUGCGGAUACGUACAAAUAUCCAACAUCUCACACGAUUUUAACAAUGCUUUUAUUUUGAAAUGAAACUCAAUUUCUUUUUUAUUCUGUCUCUUAAGAAAAAAACCUAGUUGCCAAAGCAUAAACAAACCCUUAAAAAUAACUAUAUAUUAGUAAAAUAACUUUAAAAAAAAUCCCACCCAAAAAUCUCCAUCUCGCUUGAAGCUCCACUCAAAAAACCCCCAAAAACUCCGGAUCCUGGAUUAAGGCGCUCGUUGCUAAACUUUCUCUGUAUUGCGAAGCAUCCGGACAUCAGGUCCCGUCACUACCGCAGCAAUAGUUAGAGGCGAUUAAAGAAGGGGAACCAGCAAGCAUACAGCGGCGUGAAACAGGAAAAGAAAUCCAGAGAGAAUAACGGUCAGAAAUCCAGUUGUCACCGCGCUUUCGCAAAAUGGAUUAUCAGCGUUUAACGAGCCACGGCCAGCACCAAAAUCACGGCAUUGCCAACCCAGGUUACAUACCAGCAGCAGCGUGGCCAGCAGCAAUGUUUGCCCCACCUGUGGCGGAGCAUGCAAGCCCCAGCGCUCCUCCGGCUGGUAUGUUUGACAACAUGCCUGGAUAUGAAGGGACGGUGGCCGGAGGAGGUGGAUUUCUUCCACCUCCCAUGCCUGCUCAACCAGUCCCCCAGCCUUCACCUGGACCUGAACAACCACACUGGAACAUCCCGUCUAUAACUGAAGAUACUGCCAGGGACGCCUUUAGCCUGUAUGCUUCCAGCAAAUGUUGCUACAGUUCUGCACCUGCAAAGGACGGUGUCAUCAUCAACAUGGAGUCAUUCAAUACUUACAGGUAUCGCCUAGAAACAUUUACCGAGUCCAGGUCUACAGAGUGGAGUCAUGAGCCGUACAACGGCCAGCCAGUGGAUGCCUAUGUUCAGCACCCUCCAGGACCGUGGGACAUUCCUGCCAAAGCACCCACUUUUUUUGUGGAUAGCGAACAGAAAAUGAAGGUUCCCUACACCUCGUCUAUGAAGCCUUGCCAUGAUUGUUUAGGAAACGGGAGGAAACCUUGCAAAGACUGUGCAGGCUGUGGUAAUAAAGUAUGUUGGGUGUGUAAUGGAUCUGGUUUUCGUCAUGGAGGUGAUCGUUGCCACCACUGCAGCGGAAGAGGGAGGGAAAAUUGUGCACACUGUCAUGGGCAAGGAUCAAAGCAAUGUACCACAUGUCAUGGAAAACAGCAACUUUUGGUCUUCAUCCUCCUCACUGUGAAAUGGACAAACAACUCUGACAAUUAUGUUGUUGAACAGUUGAGCGGUCUUCAGGUGUCAAACCUCAGUCAAGUGUCAGGCAAGGAGCUCUUCAGGGAUUCUCAGUACUUGGUGUAUCCAGUCAUGGGCUUCCCAGACCCUACGGUGGUGCAGGCUGCACAGCGACUUGUUGGGGAUCAUCAGGGCAAGUUCUUACGGACGUCACGUAUUUUACAACAGCGUCAAACCAUUGAGUUGAUCCCCGUCACGAAGGUCACCUACACAUGGAAAGGAAAAACAUAUGUUUACUUUGUGUACGGAAAUGAGUUCAAAGUUCAUACGAAUGACUAUCCUGCUACCUGCUGCUGCUCUGUAAUGUAAUUGAGAUGAAUGUAACAUUCUGAUUAUAUAAAUAAAUAUCAGAAAUCAACUAUUUGCAAAACCUUUUAAAACAAAGAAGACACAUUUUUGAAGGAGUUAAAUUACUGUUGUCAACUAAAUAAUUUGGAAAAAGCAUCAACAGAGGCAGCAGUUGUGAACCAGCUGCAUCACCUCCUCGAAGUUUAUCAAAGUUGAAAUUAGGCAAUCUGGAAAACUGUCUGGUAAUUUACAAGUCCAUAAUUUUGUGUCUUUGUUAGAAAUUGACAAAAUAUAUUUGCUUCCAGUUUAAAGGGACCAUUUUGUUAUCUGCAGACCAUGUAGAAGACAGUAUUAAUGUUGAUUCCAGGCUAAGUUGAUAGAAAUGUGUGAUGACACUAUUACGCUUAAUGAUAUCUACUAAUUUAAAGGUUUUGAAACCACCUGCACUGACAUUACAAAGUAAGGCAGUUUAAGAAAAAGACCACUAUGAAGUGCACUGACACAAUUUAAAAACUAAAGACUGGGAAAGCAUCUGUCUUGUCUUUUUUUCCACCCCAGAAAAGUACAAAUUCAUGGGCAUAUUGCAUGGUAAUAUUUAUGUUGUCUGUGUUUUGUUGUUUGGAUAGAUUUAACAGAUUAUUUUCUAAUUUUGUUUGUGGUGUUGUAAAAUAAAUAAAGGACACCACUUUAUUGGAGAUAAGAUUUAAUGUGCAUUACUUUGCAUUUAUGAAAUUUGAUGGAUCUUUAUGAAAUACUUCACAUUUAAUAUCCAUUCUCUUAACAGCCACUGACACAUGUAUUCUGAAUGCAUUGAUUUAUUUCAUUUAAACAUUAUGCAGAUAUAUUUUACAACAAUGUAUUUUAUGUAACAUGAAAAUUCUAUUUGUAAGAAAAUGUUGUGACGCUUUAUUAAAAUUCUUGCAUUAAAACAAAGGC